UUGUUAUCUAUCGAUAGAUAGUGAUUAAACUCAGUAAUAUUUCUUUUUGUAUCGAACGAUUGGAGUGGUGUGGUGUUAUGUUAUAAGUCUGAAAUAUAUAUAGUGCAAAAAGGAAAAAUGUGGAACAGCAAUUUAUAUUUAGUUUUGUGUCUCAUCACACCCUCUCUUGCGAUCUGGCAAUGUUCCACAGACGAGGACUGUGGAGCGCUUACGGGCAGCGUGUGCGCUGCCGGGCUAUGUGGUUGCACGAGCUCGCAACAAGUCGUCGCUGGCGGCACGUUGUGUGCUGACUAUGCUCCAUAUUACACCUCAGCUUGUGUAGAUGACUUCCAAUGCUCAAGACUGUUCACCACGUUCGAAUGCAGACGAAACGAGGACCAAACAGUCGGCAGUUGUCUCUGCCAACCCGGCCACCACUACUUCCACGGCCGCUGCUGGCGCUCCACCGAGAUGGGACAACCCUGCACCAACAAUGAGGAGUGUAUGGGCGUCAUCAGAGAUCCAUACAGCAUGGUCUGUGACGGAACCUGUCAGUGUGCUGAAGGAUAUUACAGCAAGCAAAGGGGAGAAUGUAGGAAAAUUGCUACAGCUGUCGGCGAAGGCUGCGUGCUAAACGAAGACUGUCAGUUUGAAAAUGGUGCUUGUCGCGCAUUCGAGUUCGUUUGUUACGACAGAACAGUCGUCGAUCCUGAAGAAGAGACUUCAAAGCAAGCGACUCAAGCUCGUCAGAACUCGACUCUCAAAAUGGCGGACACGCCAUCUUCGAACAUGGCUGCCACAGUAAUGGCGUCAAAGAUGGUUGCCACAAAGAUGCCCCGAAAUGGUGGCGCUGUGUGUAGCGCUGCCAGCCCUUGUGCUGCGCCGUUUGAGUGUGCCAGUUGGGGGCAUUGUAUCUGCCCUAUUGGGUAUUAUGGGAGUGAAGAUGGCAGCACUUGUUUAGCUGAACUGGGUUCCCCUUCAUCCGAAGAGCAGUGUGUCGGCCUCCUGGCUGUGGUAGAAGAUGGGAUCUGCACGUGUCCUCCCAACUUCUUCUUCGAUGAGAAUAUGAGGGAUUGCGUUAAAGUGGCCCGUAUCAUCACUGAUUCCUGCAUAUUCGACGAACAAUGUCACACGUUUGGGGCUGCAGCGUUCUGCGGAGCGCCAGGGCAAUGGGGGCUGCGCUCCUGCGAGUGUGACUUGGAGCAAGCUGUGUGGGACGCUCAGAGGGGCAUGUGCAGGCUCUUCGCUGGUCUCGGCGAAACAUGUCAAGUGGACAGCGAUUGCAUGGCUGGCGAACUGGAAAUCCAAUGCGCUCUGAACGAAGAAGGCGAAGGUUACUGCGCUUGUCCUGAUGGCCUUAUUGCUUCUGAGGGCUUAUGUCUUAGCAGUGGACUUGAGCUGGGAGACUCGUGCCAAAGGACGGAGGAGUGUACUGGGACCGUAAACACUGUCUGCGAAACUGGCCGCUGUUCUUGUGACAACGGUUACCAGGAACUUGAUGAUUUCUGUGCUCCAAUUAUUGGCGGAACCUGUUCGGCAGUCACUGACUGUGUCAUCAGCAACACGACCUGCGUUAGCGGCGAUGGUGGCAUGACCUGUCAGUGUACUGAAGAGUUUGUAGAGUAUAACGACGAGUGCUGGGAGGUUUCCAACGGCUACGAAGCAAACUGCACAGUGGCGGCACAAUGCUACGGCUCCCUUGGCGCUAAUGCUGUGUGCCAAGAAGGCUCCUGCCUCUGUGCCCCCAACUUCCACUUCCAAGAUGGCGGCUGCUGGCCUGUCACUGGUCUAUUCGAGACGUGCUCUCGUAGUAGCCAGUGUUUCCUCGGGGAGCUGACGGACAGGGUGGUGUGCAGAAACGGACUGUGCCAGUGCGACUUCAACUAUCCUUACUCUGAAGAGCUUCAUACGUGCAGGUCAUCUGCAACCAUAUUGACCAGCAGCUGUAUGAUUUUAAUAACGACGUUGGCGUACUUAUUCUCAUAAAUGUUAUUUAUAUUAAAUAUAAGUAUUUGUAUUUAAUAA